CAUGACUCCGACGUCGACUGCCACUUUGCAACAUUUUCAUGAACGCUGGUGGGGAAACAACAACCUUCUCAGUGCCAACACAGUCAUACACCUUCCAGCAUUCUCAGACCUCCAUAUUUUUGCUUUUUCUGGCUCCUGACUAUUGGUUCGCAAAUGGUCAUUCAGGCAUCGGAAAGUCUGUUUUCCUCUUCUACCUCUCAUAUGAUGUCUGCAAGAGUCCCGGGAUAUUGUGUUCUACUUCUUUGGUCGAACCCUUCUGUUCGAAAGAUGGCGUCCGGGUGAUAGACCUCACGCAUUAUCCGCUACAGCUCAUCAGGCACGGGUAUCUCUUCCCUACACUCGCUUCAUCACGGUCAGAAGAGCUGUAUUCCAGUUGGGCCAAAAGGAGGUAUGCUUCUCGGUUCGUUAUGAAUCCUUGGAGCGACGAGGAAAUUUCUAUAGGGGCCGAGCUUUUGAGUUGCGAUGCCACGCUCGUCCUGUAUGUCCUGUGUCGAUCGCUAUUAUCACAAGUAUUGAACUUUUGUGGGUUUAUCAUAAGGGACGUUUAUAGUCGUCUCUUAUCCCAGGGAUCGAUUACUAUUAUAGACCGUAUCUAUGGUCCUCAUCCACGCGUUUCUAGUCCCGCUUCCAAGUACUCACCACUUUUCACUGCUUACAUGGGACAAUUUUGAUAUACCUUAUUCUGCGGCUCUAAUGUUUCGUCAACCGACUCCAACUGAUGGACCGGGGUGGGACGACAUGUAUCUCGACUUCCGCUCCCCUUGUCUUACAUAAAAAGUGUGGGAUCAACUUGUUCAUCUUGAGUACGA